AGACUGGACUUCCUGGUGGGCUACAUCAUCCGCAAGAAGAUUGGGACGGAUCUACAGCUCAAUGGUACUUUAACUGCAAUUGCCGCCUUGGAUUAUGUAAAAGGCCACCCUGUGGACCCCAUUGAUGUGGCCGAUUUUGAGAAAGAAUGUGGAGUGGGAGUAGUCGUGACACCAGAAGAGAUAGAAGAAGCUGUUGAAGCUGUCAUCCAGACAUACAAAGAGCAGCUUUUGGAGGAGAGAUAUCGCUUUAACAUGGGCUUGUUGAUGGGGGAAGCAAGGAACCGACUGAAGUGGGCAGAUGGAAAAAUUAUCAAGAACGAGGUAGACAUGCAGGUUCUACACUUGCUUGGCCCCAAGACAGAAGCUGAUCUUGAAAAGAAACCCAAGGCCGCAAAGCAGAAAGUAUCGGAAACUGAGAAAAAA